AUGAUGCAGCUAUGUCGUGCAGAAGACGGGGAGGUUUUCCAAGUCAAUGCCACUCUAUGGGAUAUUGAGAAGCUUGGAAGUCUUGAACUCUUCUUGCAGCAAGAGACAGGGGUAGAGCAAGAUGCCGUCCUUGCCUACCUCUCCGAUGGGCGCAGGUUGAGAAACGACAAUGUCAGAGAGCUCGCGGGCGCCCAUGAUCAGUCGAUAUUCGUGUUCAACAAGUAUUAUCUCGACGAAGACUUGAAAGAAGUCCUCCGAGACCUUCAUGUCAAGCCUCCCCUACAGCCUCCAAUAGAAGAUACAAUCACAGCCACGCCUCCCUUUCGCCCUUCACAGUUGGGCGCUUCCUAUCUGCGCGCGGCACACACGCACCAUCAGGCGAUCGCACAUAUCUUUGUGACCUUACAAUAUCAACAUUCCGCCCUUCGAAUAGCCUCGAGUAGUCUCGAUCUCAACGUCCUCGCAAUCUCUGACGCCUUCGAUGGCAUAUCCGCGAACGCUCAGCGAGAACUCGACAAGCACGCGGCUCUUCUUGCUGGUAUUAGCGUCGAUCUCGAGAUGGUCACCCGCGUAAAUAUUCACCGCGACUUUGUGUCUUCUGCUGUGCGGAGGGCGAUGGACGCUGGUGAGCGUGGGCGGACUCUGGGGGACUAUGUGUCGAGCAUGAAGAUGCGUCAGGUGGCAGGUACUUGUGAGAACACGCAUGAGGACUUAAAGGAGCGAUUCAGAAAAGCUCAGGAAACUAUGUCGCGUCUCUUAGAUGGCACCGCCGAGGUUCGAUCCAUCCUAUCAGACAUCCACCUUUUGAAAGAGGGAGAGGCCAUUUCUCAACAGAGUUCUGAGAAUUAUGAGAGAAUUUCAGAUGCAGCAGCCAUCUUAGAAAGACCCGCCACUGAUCCGGACCGAAUCCUACAAGAGCUUCGACAAUUAGACGCCGCUAUGCGCAGCGCGGUUGAGUCUAUAUCAGACGUGAAGAACGCGUUCACGGAACAAUGCAUGCUUGCACUUCGUCAAAUCAGCUUGCUCAACAAGGAUGUUGUCCAGCUACCGCCGAUGAUGACUGCUCUCCAAGCUAGCUUUCGUGCAAAAAACAGUUUCUCCCAUAUUCAACGGCUACACAACAUGUUGUACGCAUACGGUGCGACUGUUAUCGAGAUUGUCCGGCGGAAAGAGUUUGCACGAUUUUUCUACCAAAGGGCGCAAGUCAUCCUGGAAGUUAUGGCUAAGCUUUCUGCAUCCGAACGGAAACGCCGGCAAGUUUAUCGCGGAGAGAUUCACGGCCAACUACCUUUCGACACAAAGGGCAUAGACGAUCCUGUACCCGCAAUAGACUUCUCACCUACCGGAGGGAGCGAUCUGGAAAGUCCAUAUUCCCUUGAGCGAUCAGAUGUUGAAGAUUUCUUGCGUAUCUUGGACGAACUAGAAACAUAUGCGCAUACACGGACAGACGGAGCCAUCGCCCUCAAUUUCAUUCUCGAGACAAGAACUAGUCUACACAAGUUGAUAGCUAAGAUGGACGGGUUGGAGUCUGGGUUUGACCGCAUCGCAGAACGAUCGUUGCUGUCAUCAUCACGAUUAGCUUUAUCAAGACGUCGCUCAUCAGAAAUUGACGAACACGCAUAUCAAGAACUCGUUGAUCAAUUGCGUGUAUCCGAAAGGUCCAAAGCCGAUCAAGAGAUAUUGUUCACUGAGGAGCGGAACAAACUUCAGUCUGAAAUCUCGCAUCUCAAGUCCGAGCUCGAAGAACUCGAUGGCAAUUCUUCAGGCGAACGUGAACGAGCGGAUCAUCUGGAGCGGGAACUGCACCAGGCUCGUGCGCAGAUCGAGAGCGAAACCACCGCGCGUCGGAUCAUGGAAGAACGACAUCGAGAGCUCCUUGCCGAUAUUGAUAAUCAGCGGAAAGAACUAACACAGGCUCUAGCAGAAGCUACAUGCCAGACGAGAACAGCCGAGAUCUUGCGGCAGCAGCUUGCCCAGGCUCGGUCUGAAUUCGAGGAUGUCAAGACGCUCGAGGCACGAAACGUGGAAAAUAUGACCAAGCUAUUAGAGGAUCAAGAGGAGACUCUGCGCAACCUUGAGAAUGCUCGGUCAAGAGGUGAAGAUUUAGAAGCACAGAUUGGGGCAGCACGGAAGGAGGCUGAGGAAGUUCAGCGUGCGUUGGAAGAUGCUAGGAGGGAAAAGGACAGACUGCUUCGCCAACAAGCAAGUGAGCACGAUCGACAAAUGCGGGACUAUGUUGCGGAGGCCGAUGGGGACCGAGCCGUGUUGGAACACCAAUUCUUAGAGCUCCGUGCGGAGCUUGAGGAUACGGAGCGACAGUUGAAGGAGGCGGCGACCCAGAUAGAGUUGAGGGAAGCCGACAACGUCGGCCUUCGUGAGGAGCUCCAGAGGGUCGAGUGCGAUCUUAGAGAUGCCCAACACAUCGAGUCUGCUCUGCGGGAGGAUCUUAGAGUCGGACAGGUGUCACAGUCAGGCUUUGAACAAAAGGUUGAGGAGGGCAGUCGACUGGUCGCACAGUUGCUAGAUGUUGCCAUUGCUUAUCGUACAGCACACUUCAAGGCGCUAACGCUCGCUCAGGCUGCGAUCUCUCACCCCUCGGCGUCCAAAUCCGGUGCGCAUCUAGGCGACUCUCAGGCGUUCUCGUCCCUAUCUCGUCUUGCUCCCUUAGGUCCUCUUGAGGAGCCAUCGCCCAUCGACCCCUCUGACCCCGCGGUGGCGAUUGAAGCGCUUCGAUCGUUCGAUCAUGACCAGUUCCUGGAGGCUAUCUCCAAAACAGGGUCGACCAUCCGUAAGUGGCAGAAGCAAUGCAAGGAAUACCGAGAGCGUGCGAAGGGCAAGAUCUCCUUCAGAAACUUCGCCAAAGGCGAUUUAGCGCUGUUUUUGCCCACGCGCAAUUCGGUGUCGAAGCCAUGGGCUGCAUUCAAUGUUUCCUUCCCACAUUAUUUCUUACAGGCAAAUGGAUACCUAGCCGAGCAACUCAAGACGAGAGAAUGGAUCGUAGCCCGAAUCACUUCAAUCACCGAACGUGUUGUUGACCAAAAGGAUCCUAGCACUAAUCCCUAUGGCCUUGGCGAUGGUGUCAAGUAUUACAUGCUUGAAGUUGAAGACUGGACUCAGUCCAGUUCGUCGAAGCGGAGAGUUGGCUCACGUAGGGCAUCCAGUGAAACAAAAGAGAGCACUCCAACACCGCUUUCGGCCCCUCCAACAUUCUCGCCUAGCCCACCGCAAAAUGAAGUGGAAGAAGCCUUCCAGGCGACACGCGCACCAAACUCUCAAUUGUUUCCCGUC